CCUGGUGGGCAAAUUGCUGGAAUAGUCAUUGGUCUGUCUGGUGGGCAAAUUGCUGGAAUAGUCAUUGGUGUACUAAUAUUGUUGGUACUGAUCGCUGUUCUUGGAUUCGUACUAUUCUUGUUCUUGACAAAAAAACGGCCAUUUAACCGCGGUAACCCACAGCCAGUAAACAGCAGGUCUACAGCAGCUCUUCCGUCAACUUCUUACCUUAAUAAUGCAUAUCGUGUGGAAGAUGAUGAUCUAUAUCUCUAUGGUGGAAUGGAUUUCGGUACAAGCCAGUCGUGGCAGAUUCCUCAUGAGCACCUUGCACUCCUUGGAACCAUCACUGUCGGCAAAUUCGCCAAAAUUUAUCAAGCCAGGAUUUGGUCUCGUCCUGAUAUGGUUGUUGCUAAAAUGCUUAAAGAUAAUUACACUGUCGAUGAUGAGACCCUAAUGAGGGCAAAGGUCAAUUAUAUGGCGACAGUAGUUGGUAAAGAUCCCAACGUCUUGGAAUUCAUUGGUGCUGUCGUCGAUAAUCCAAGCUUGGGACCAGUGUUGAUAUCAGAAUACUGUGAAGUCGGUCAACUAGAUAAAUGGUUAAUACAACAACGUGGUAAUGUCACUGAUGAUACUACUGAAAUUCUGCAACGUCUUGCCUUUGGUAUAAGUAAAGGAAUGGCUUAUUUGGCAUCUAAGAAGAUUGUCCACAAAAAACUUGCAGCAAGAAAUGUUCUGCUUACUUUCACACGGGAGGCAAAAAUUACAGGAUUUGGGCCAUCAAAAGUUGAACUUGAAGAUAAAGACAGUUCAGCAAAGGAGAGAAUUCCGAUCAAAUGGACAGCACCAGAAUGUUUGGGAUCCCUGAAAAAUGCCGAUGUAAAGAGUGACGUCUGGUCUUAUGGGAUUGUAUUGUGGGAAAUAUUUAGCUUAGGAGAGACACCAUACAGUAGUAUGAAGGGUCGUGACGUAGAAACUAGAGUGAAAUCUGGUUACAGAAUGUCCAAGCCUGAAAUGUGUGAAGAAUUCCAUUAUGAUCUGAUGAGGAACUGCUGGGACGAAAAUCCAAAGAAGCGAAACAACUUCAAGAAAAUCUCUAAAAAGAUAUCUGAUACGUUUAGUGAGGGUCAAACGGACAGUUACUACUAUUACCGUUAAAUCAUGUACAAUGUAUUAUUUGUGUUUCCCCCAUGUCCCUUGUGUAAAUUUAAUCAGUACCAUUAUAGAUUUUAUUUUGUAUUAAUUAAAGAGGCAUUGUCCCCUUUAAGAUACGACUGUGUCACUUAGAUUAAAAUAAGCAGGCUACAGCAGUACCGGGAUUUUAAUAAUUAGGCCAGUUAUUUUAAAUACGAUAUUAAAUGAAAUUAAUUUCACUUAUUUUCUUGAUGCAAGUGACAAUACCUCUUUAAAAAAUAUAUUUCUAGUUGUUGCCUGAUACUAUGAUAGACCAUUUUAUGUACUUUUUGGGGAUUUAUAUUUCUUAAAUUUUAGACGAUUUUAAUAGGAAUUAUUUUUGCACCUAUUAUUAUUACUCUUUAUAUCCAUGUCCUUAUAAGAUGUUAUCUUCACUAUUGUCAAAUUUAAAAAAAAAACUAGGCUGUCUUAUAGUAUGGUUCAUAUCUGAAAAUGUGAAGAGGAUUUCACGUUCCAUUAUUUCCCCGUGGAAUAGCAGAUUCUGGGGAGCACCAGGGAGUUUCCACACUUCCAUCCCACCCCCUAAAAAAGUUUGUAAAACAAAAAACAUGAAGUUAAAUAAAAAUGUUUAUUACAAUUCUGUUAAUUAGUAGGGCAAAUGGGUUAUCGGGGUUUAAAAGAUGGGGUAGGGGGAAUGGUUCACAAAUAUUGAUAAAAUUUUAAUCUGUCCUUGCUUGCUAUGUGUAUUUAAAGUAUAAAUUUAUUUUGUCACAUAUAUCCAUGUUCACAUUGUAUCAUUUUAUUGUUGUUUUUGUGUCCAUUUUAAUAGUUUGCUCCUGUUAUAAGGUUGCUAAUAUGCAACAGUUCAGCAGUUAAGCUUUUUCUUUGUGUGUUUAAAUAUACACUGUUGUUCUAUGUUUUAGAUUUGUUGCCCUUGUUUAUUUAUUUAUAUUCGUUGUCAAUUGUCAUUUUUAUCUAUUAAGACAAGUAGUAGCUAAGAUUUUUGUUGUUCUUAAUUGUUAAUUCGGUUUGUCAGAAGUUGUUCUUUUUAUCUAUUUGACAACUAAUAGAUACGAUUUUUGAUGUUCUUAUUAAUUUUGUUAAUUCACUCUGUAAGUAGUUGUUCUUUUAUCUAUUAGACAACAAGUAGCUAAGAUUUGUGUUGUUCUUUAUUUAUUGUCUCCGUAUUAUUUUAUAUUUGUCUUUUAUUUAAUUAUUAAAAGUCAACAUCUGGUUUAUAUUGGAACACAAAUAAAUCAAACAGAAUGUAUAAACAUUCCUAUACACUCUCUUAAAAUUAUAAAUUAAUAUUCCAUAUUCCGAUCUGUUAUCUAUGCAUGCCGUGAGUUUGAUUUCACAAUUAUGUGUGCAAAGCAAGGCCCUUACAUAGGAGGGGUGGGGGCUGGGGGCCUUUGCUUCCCCUAAAGCUGUGUAAACCAUUUCAUAAUUUCAGCAAAUAGAGAGGGUAGAAUUAUGUUUUUCUCAAGAUAUAUUAUAGGGUUUUUCGAUCAAAUGGAGAAUUGAAGGGGAAAUAAACAUAUUUUUUUUACAUAUAAGUUUAUAUUAAUAAAUAGUUAUUUAGAUAAAGUUUUAAAAGUAUAAAAAUUGUAUUUUGAAAUUUCUUUAAUCAUAAAAAAAUCAACUGAGCACUGGCACUGAAAAGCAGUUAUGCAGUAUGCAAAGGGGGGGGGGGUCAUUGAAACAUUUGCCCUGGGGUGCUACGUAAGCUUGUGAGGGCCCGGGUGCAAAGAAGUGGGGUCGCUGUUCGACAUCGAGGAUUCUCCAAGCGAGUUAUUGUAAACAAAUAAUAUACCAUUCGUUCAGAAACUGACCUGGUCUGGGGUUUUCAUUCACACCACUGAAGUUCAUUGUAGUAAUAGUAUAAAUAAAAUACAUUAAUUAACUGAA